GCCAAAUAUCCCGUCGUUCUUCGGUUGCCCCGCCAAACCCGCCACCACCACCACCUUGUCCCAAGUAUCACCUUUGAGAGCAGCACAGUUUCCCAGGCCCAUGCUUCGCCUGCUCCACGCCACAGUCCAGACAACUCAUGGACACAGGAGCGAGAUCCGACGAUACCGACGACGCCAACGAUAUCCAUGCCCAGGUCCUCCGGACCACUCUUGGCGAGAUAGAGACGUCGCAACGUGAAUCCGAAGACGGCACGGCCGACUCCCGCGACUGCUGCGUGAUCUGCCUCGACUCCAUCUCGGAUGCUUGCGCAGCGCUGCCCUGCGGCCACGCGCAUUUCGACUUUCUCUGCCUUCUGAGCUGGCUGCAGCAGCACCCCAACUGCCCGCUAUGCAAGGCGAACGUCUACAAAGUCCGCUAUGCCGACGCCCAGCAAGCCGAGGCCAUCUACCGCGUCCCCAAUGCUGCGCGGCCACGCGGCGGCAUGCGGGAUGAGCGCACCGGUGACGCGCGGAGACAAAGCCCAUUGGACUCUGCCUUCAGAAGAAGGUUUACAUCGCAGAAUGGACUCCUCCGGGAAACGGGCUCGCGCCGCCCGCGGACGCCUCCCUCGCCAAACGAGGCCCUCGAACGCCGUCGUUACGUCUACCGCCACCAGCUAUAUUCUCUCCACAUCGGUUCCAACCGUACCUCGCAGUAUCGCCCGCCACCGACCCCCGUCCAAUUCUCCUCCACUCCGCACCUGGUCUCGCGCGCCCGCAUGUGGAUCCGCCGCGAGCUGCAAGUCUUUCCCUUCCUCUGCAGCCCCGAUCCCGAUCCCAUCCCCACCGGCCUCAGCAUAGAAGAAGCAAGGCACCGCCAGCGGCUGCGCAACAACGCCGAGUUCCUGCUCGAGUACAUCAUCGCCAUCCUCAAGACCGUCGACCUGCAGGACAGCGCUGGCCAGGCCGAGGCCAUGCUGGCCGAUUUCCUCGGCCGCGACAACGUCCGCCUGUUCCUGCACGAGCUGCGCAGCUGGCUGCGGAGCCCCGCGCCGACGCUGGCCGCGUGGGAUCGCGAGGUGCAGUAUCCCUGCCGUCCCGAGCCCGUGGCUGCGGCCUAUCCCGAGGACGAAUCCUGGUCUGCUCGCAGAAGCAGCAGCAGAAGCAGAAUAGUGAUGGCGUCUACUGGUGACGAUGUCGAGGGUCGGGUUGGAGGCUCGGGCAUGUCAUGGCGAGAUCGGGGCGGCGAUCAUUGGCGGGCUGAGACUGGCCAGCGGUUGAGGAAGAGGAAAGUAAGGGACGGUGAUGGAGUAGCCAAAGGCCGGGUGAGCCGGACAAGGGGAAGAGGCGAUGUUGGAAUGUAAGAUGGGUGUUUUUCUUUGGCUGGUUUUGAGACCUUCGCACCAGUUGCGAACUCAUGUUGUAUAGAAACUGUGAUACCCGGCUAGACAUGGAGCCAAAAUUCUAUUCAUUCUACCUCUGGACAUAUCAUGCCGAACGUCCUAACCCUCCCAGAUCUAUCAUCAGUCAAAACAACACAGACACGAAACGCAGUUGUCCGACGCCGCAAGGUAUCUCGUGCAGGGUAGCCGUUGAGCAUUAAUGAUCAAACAGACAA